GGCAGACUCGCGAGCAGCGGCCGCGGCCGGCGGCCGAGUCGGGAGGAUGCGGCGGCGCUCGCGGAUGCUGCUCUGCUUCGCCUUCCUGUGGGUGCUGGGCAUCGCCUACUACAUGUACUCGGGGGGCGGCUCCGCGCUGGCCGCGGGCGCGGGCGGCGGCGCCGGCAGGAAGGAGGACUGGAAUGACAUUGACCCAGUUAAAAAGAAAGACCUGCAUCACAGCAAUGGGGAUGAGAAAGCACACAGCAUGGAGACCCUCCCUCCAGGGAAAGUGCGAUGGCGGGACUUUAACCAGGAGGCUUACGUUGGCGGGACAAUGGUCCGCUCCGGGCAGGACCCCUAUGCACGCAACAAGUUCAACCAAGUCGAGAGCGAUAAGCUGCGGAUGGACAGAGCAGUUCCCGACACUAGGCAUGACCAGUGUCAGCGGAAGCAGUGGCGGGUAGAUCUGCCAGCCACCAGCGUGGUCAUCACAUUUCACAAUGAAGCCAGGUCAGCUUUGCUGAGGACAGUGGUCAGUGUCCUUAAGAAAAGCCCGCCCCACCUGAUAAAAGAAAUCAUCUUGGUGGAUGACUACAGCAAUGACCCUGAAGACGGGGCUCUCUUGGGGAAAAUUGAGAAAGUACGUGUACUCCGAAAUGAUCGGCGAGAAGGCCUGAUGAGGUCGCGGGUGCGGGGGGCUGACGCGGCGCAGGCCAAGGUGCUGACCUUCCUGGACAGCCACUGCGAGUGCAACGAGCGCUGGCUGGAGCCCCUCCUGGAGAGGGUGGCUGAGGACAGGACCCGUGUCGUGUCCCCCAUCAUCGAUGUCAUCAACAUGGACAACUUUCAGUACGUGGGCGCGUCUGCGGACUUAAAAGGCGGUUUUGACUGGAACUUGGUGUUCAAAUGGGAUUACAUGACCCCUGAGCAGAGACGGUCCCGGCAGGGGAACCCCGUCGCUCCCAUAAAAACCCCUAUGAUUGCUGGAGGGUUGUUCGUGAUGGAUAAGUUCUAUUUUGAAGAGCUGGGGAAGUAUGACAUGAUGAUGGAUGUGUGGGGAGGAGAAAACCUGGAGAUCUCGUUCCGCGUGUGGCAGUGUGGCGGCAGCCUGGAGAUCAUUCCCUGCAGCCGCGUGGGACACGUGUUCAGGAAGCAGCACCCCUACACCUUCCCGGGAGGCAGCGGCACUGUCUUCGCCCGUAACACCCGCCGGGCAGCAGAGGUCUGGAUGGACGAGUAUAAGAACUUCUACUACGCAGCAGUGCCUUCUGCCAGAAAUGUCCCUUAUGGAAAUAUUCAGAGCCGACUGGAGCUCAGGAAGAAACUUAACUGCAAGCCUUUCAAAUGGUACCUGGAAAAUGUCUACCCAGAGCUAAGGGUUCCUGACCAUCAGGAUAUAGCUUUUGGGGCCUUGCAGCAGGGAACCAACUGCCUGGACACUUUGGGCCACUUCGCUGAUGGUGUUGUUGGAGUUUACGAGUGUCACAAUGCUGGGGGCAACCAGGAAUGGGCCCUUACCAAGGAAAAGUCGGUGAAGCACAUGGACUUGUGCCUGACCGUGGUGGACCGGGCGCCUGGCUCCCUCAUAAAGCUGCAGGGCUGCCGGGAGAAUGACAGCAGGCAGAAAUGGGAGCAGAUCGAGGGCAAUUCUAAGCUGCGGCAUGUGGGCAGCAACCUCUGCCUGGACAGCCGCGCAGCCAAGACAGGCGGCCUGAGCGUGGAGGUGUGCGGCCCGGCGCUGUCGCAGCAGUGGAAGUUCUCGCUCAACCUGCAGCCGUAGUGGAGCCUCCCACGUCUGCCCGUGCCUGGCCGCCCAGCGACGAGCACGUCAUCAAGUCUGUUUCUUAAACUUUCCGAGAAACUAUAUACCUCAGUAUUCCAUCAUGGUCUGCAGGUCGGGAGACCUCAGCGCAGUGCGGGCGGCACCAGAGCCGCGAGGAGAUGGAGCUGCCGCGCCCUCCUCGGCCCUGCGCCCCGGCCGCCCAGCGCCCCCUGCAGAGCACCGCGCCCCGGAGGGUGGACCGGGAGAGAAGGGGCGCCCUGCGCACAGUGAGGGGGCCUCUCCAGCCUCCACCCAGAUCCAGACAUCUGUGCGGGGUCCACCCCGGUCACGGCCACGGUGUUUCCCCGGGCCUUCCUCCCAACUGUCUUACCAGCGCAGACCCCUUCCAUGUGGUGUACCUGCUCUCUUUGGAUAUGAACUUUUCUACGGUGGGACACUAAACCCAGAUAUAUAUGAGGAGAGAAUGUACGGUCAGUUCCUAUGGUUUCCGUAAGUCAUCCUCAUCUUGUAAUUUCUCCACAAAGCUCAUCAUAGCCGUGAGGAGGAGGGGCCGGCAGGAGGAAGGGGCUUCCAUAGCCCCCGGAGCCUUAUAGGUGAGGUGGUGCCGCUGUGCCCGCUGCGCGGUACCCCCCUCCACCCCCGCGGAGGCUAGCGCUGCUCGGAGGCCCCGACCCCAGCAUCUCGGUUUGGCUUCAGCUGGGAGUCAUGCUGUGUGUUGAAAUCCACUUUUUGUGCCCUUGGUGUCUGUAAACCCUGGAUGGGUUACUUAUUUUGACAGAUAUUGCUUUGGGUCUUUGUAAAUUAUAUUUCUGUUUUCUAAGGAUAAAGUUGAGUAAAAAACAAUCUCCCAGCUCCCAGUGAUGGUGGGAAGCUGUCACAGGCAGCAUGGGGCGCUGUGUGAGGGCCUGGGCGCGCUGGGCCCUGUCCCGCCUGCCUCAGGGGCUUUGGGUCAAGAAUUAGGGAAAGUGAACACCUACUCGUUGACACUGAGGAUUCAGGGUACAAACAGGAGCUUUGUGGCUUAGGAAGGAGGCUUGUGUCAGCAUAACACAAGAGCCAGUUGUAAACUAAAAGUCAAGCAGGAAGAGGCCUGAGGCCCUCCCUGACCCCUGGCCUGGCCCGCAGAGCCCUCCUGGCCUCUGAGGGGCUCACAUGCAGUGGUGGCCCAGCUGCAGCGCCCGCAGGAGGGUGCCCCAGUCACUCCCAGGAUUACUGCCCUCCUGUCUUCCUGCGCCCCCUGGCCCAACGCUUCAGGUGCCAGACCUGAUGAGGAGUCACAUGGGCACAUGUCCUGGCCCCUCUGGAGGGCCUGGGUGGUCACAGGGAAGUGGCCCCAAAGGGUUCUGCCAGGUAGACAGUCUGCCAAGUGCAGCUCUUUCCUGCCUGUUUCUUCUAGGAAAGGGGAUGUUGGUCUUUCUUCCUCCACUGCAAAAGCCCCACGUGGGUUUGCUUCAUGACAGUGUGCUCAGGCCUGGAGGCCUGGCUGGGUGACUUUGUCCUGUGCGUUUUUGCCCCCUGCCAACCAACCAGGUGUAUUUUCAGCAGACAGGGAGGCCCUGGUUGGAUUAACUCUGCACACCCCUAUCUUCAGAGGCUGAUCUUGACCACCAGUAAGCUCUUGGGAUGAGUCCUGGAUACCUGUACAAGGCUGCUGAAUGCAGGUGGGCCAGGAAGCAGUCACCCAGCCCUACUACUGGCUAGGUAGUAGGCUACUACUACUGUUAGGAAAAAAAAAUCCCAUGAGUGGAAAUUAAAUUUGGCUUUCAAGUGAAGCAAAUUGUCAUCAGAUUCUUGACAAAUCUUUCGCCCACACACCUCCACCCCACCCAGAAGUCUUACCAAGCUUGGUAACAUCAAGAUGGGUCCCCCUGGGCCCUGGGGGGCAACUCCCCAUCCCUGAGCUGGUGGGGGUGGUAGCCUUGGAUGGUGUGGGCGUUGCGAGCAGAGGUGGGCUGGGAGGGCUCUCUAAGGUGAGCUAUGUUUACAUGACACAGUGUGCCAAAGUGACUUACUGUGGCUGGAUUGCUUUUUAGUCAUUGGGACUGCCCCACCCUCCCACUCCUGUUUUUACAAGUAAACUUUCUUUCCUAGGAGCCCUUUGAGCAAAGCGUGGCAAAAUUAGUUGUCUUCUCUGUGCUGGUCUUUGUUAUGUCUUCAUAAAAGCUAAAAUGAUGGUAUCUGUGAGUAUGUUUUGCAGAUUCAAAAUAUAGUUUGGUAAUUUUUUUUCCAGUUGAUUUUUAAAAAGAACUGCUGUACAGAGCUUGUACUUUGUCCAUUUUAUAGAUGGAAACCAUCCUUGAAAAUUGUUUAACUUAAAUAAAGAGAAGA